AUGCGAGUCCGCUUUACUUCGACAAUAAACAAAAAUUUACUGUUUUCAGCGUGCCCGGAUGAUAAAUCUUUUACCAGCCAUUGUGGCAAAGAUCAAAAAUGUAAGCAUAACAAUGAGAUAUGCUACCGUGAUAUGAAGGAUAGCUCGAAUCCUGGAAGUACCAUAAUGGCGUGCUGUGUUCAAACUGAAUAUUUCUGCCCUUCCACUGGAUUGUAUACAAAGCAUCAUGAAGGAAAUGGUGGUUGGUUAUACAAGUAUCUUGGCGAAGCCGAAUUACCAAAAGAUCUCUGGUACAGACGUUGGCAUAUAAAGUCUGGCGAACAUGGAGUUGCUUGUCGUAAGUGUUGUGAUCACCAUAGAAGAAUGACUAAUCUUUUUUCAGCACUUCCGAACUCGUACACAUUGAAAGUACCAGGUGAGACGCAUCUUCCAAUCGAAUGGGAGAACAGGAAGCAUAAAAAAUGCCAAAAGAACUCUGAUUGUGAUGACGGACAAUUCUGUGAUGCCGUCUGGAAUCCGAGCUAUGAAAAGGGUACGGUACCAUUUCUGGAUGAAAGUCUCAAUGGGAAAUCGAUUCGAUUUUGCUACAAACAUCCGGAUCUUCCUGAAAACAUGAAGCACGUUGAGCAUGACAACGGUCUCAAGUUAUGCACCUCGCACUACGAUUGUAAGAGUAUGGAUCAAGUUUGUCAUGAAGAAAAAGACAAAAUAACAUACUACAACGAAACAAGUGGCAAGAAAGUAUCAGGGAUUUGUGUCCACGGUAACCAAAUAUCACUUUCUAUUUUUCUAAUACACAAUAUUCUUUCAGUUGACUCGUGUCCCAAAGGAAUGGAACACUCCCGGGCGGUUUUGAAUACCAAUAGUCAGCCUUGUCAUGAAAAUACCGGAUGUCAGGGAGCUGGUGUUUCAAAGGGCAGCUUUGACUUCAACCCCCAUUGUCUUUCCUACUUCCCAUCUGAUCCAUCUCGUAAACUUUGUUGUUUCGAGAGGAAUCCAGAAUGCCGACUUGGAAAAACGGAGACCCCAAUCAAGAAUUGUACUCAGAUGUCGGACUGUACUGGAGAUGUUCUCGUAAAGGAUGCCAAAUGGAAUUUGUGGUGUGAUGAUAGUGGAAAGAACGUGUGUUGCAAAGACAUGGAAAACAAACUCUGGCAAUGUCCGGAUCUUGUUACUCCAUUGUUCAACGAACCAAAAUGCACUGGAUACUCGAAGGAUAAUAUUCAUUCAGGAACUUGUCCAAAGAAAGGAGGACGUUGUGUUCAUGGUCAUUGCUGUCCACCAUUGUCUAUUUCGGAAAACGGCACCAAAGUUGAUCUCGGCAAAAACCUCUACGAAACGGAAUUCCCAUGCAAUCCGGCUAAUCCUAUUCAGCCUGGUUUCUCUUACGCAUUCUGCAAUGCAGAUACUAAGAAGCUGAUUAUUGUUGGAAAAUUCCACAAUAAUGGAGACAGCAUGACAAAGGUUUCUGGAUCCAAGUGCACCAUAAACGCUGAUUGUUCUCCCGAUGGAAGUUCAGUUUGUGUUUAUGAGAAUGAUAAGAAUCAUGUGUGCUACUACAAUCCACUUCGUGCACUUCGUCCAGAAGUUUCUUCAUUCUGGAAGACUGUUCUUAUUAUUUCUCUGGUCUGUGCUGGUGUCUUCAUGAUCAUCUCGCUCGUUUGCUUCGUUUAUUAUCGUUCCAAAUCUGUGUUCGAUAAAUAUAAGAAGAAGGGAAAGAAGGGAGGAAAGGGAAGUGAUUCGAAGAGCAGCAAGGGUGGAAAAAAUAAGAAGAAGGGAGGAAAGAAAGGUGGAAAGAAGGGAAAGAAGGGUGAGGAGAGUUCCAAGAGCUCCAAAUCGAAGAAGUCAAAGUCGAAAAAGGACACGGAGAAGUCGAAAUCCGAGGCGACGACUGGUGAUGGAUCCACCAGCUCUCAGUUGAACUAG